UGCAAGUUAAGCCGAAAGCCUCCCUGUCUGCUAACUGUGACCUGAAAGACCAGAUCAAGAAGCUGAAUGAGGACUGUGGCAUGCUGCAGUCAGCCAAAGCCAGGCUGGAGGAGGAGUGUAGGAUGCUGCAGCAGAAGGUGGAGAUCCUGAACGAGCUGUACCAAUAGAAGGCGAUGAAGCUACAGAAGAAACUGAUUCAGGAUGAAUUGGAGCUGCAGGAGCAAGACCAGUGGCUGUCGGCUGCAGAUGAGAAGGUGCUGCUGGCCACAGAGGAAGUCAAAGUCUACAAGCAGAGAAUUCAUGAAAUCGAGCAAGAAUUAGAGAAAACAGAGCGCUCAUUUAAAAACCAGCUUGCUAUUCACGAGGAGAAAGUCCAGGAGAACUGGGUCAAAGCCUGGCACACCGAGCGCCUAAUUGCAAAGGAGAUGCGGGAGGCUGCCAGCCUGCGGCAAAGGCUCCUGGAGAUGACCGAGAAGCUGGCCAUGAGUCAAGAGGAGCCAGUGAUCGGCAAGCCGAUGCCGGACCAGCCAGAAGUGCAGAAUGCGCCCCGCAGAGGUGGGCGCUCUGUCCUUCUGAGUGCAGCUCAGGGAACUUAACCAUUGCAGAGAAGUGGUAACCAGUGCGUGUUGUCGCCAC